AUGGCCAAAUGCCACCACCCCUGUACCCUCACGCUCGAUGACGGGACGCACUAUGACCUCUCGUCUCUCUCAUCCGCCAAGUCGGACUAUACAGCGACGGUCGGGGAGCGAGAGUAUAAUCUGAACGUGUGCCGCGCGGUCGUCGGGGAGCUGUACAAGGUGGAUGAUCCAGAAUUGGUCGGUGGAUACACGACAAGAGAUCGGGGUGACUUCUCGCUCGGACAGUUCAACUCGACGUUGCUUCUCUCAGAAAGCACAAAGCAGCCCAUGAUGUACAUGAAGAUGGGCUCGGCGUGUCCAUUGAACCCGCUCACAGCUGCCUCAUCCGCCGUACGAUUUGUUUGCAACCCAAACGAAUUCUCAGCCGGCAAGCCCGUCCUCGUCGCUGCGCUCCCACCUGGUGACCCGGCAAACCACUGCCAGUUCUUCUUUGAGUGGCAUACGCACGUCGCGUGCCCUACGACGUCCAAGACGGAGCUGGAGAAGGGGCAUUAUAUCGCUUUUGGCUCCAUACUCCUGGUAGCCGUCCUGACCUGGUUCCUCGGACACACAUUCUACAACCGUCUCUACCUUGGCCGACGAGGGAUCGAGCAGUUCCCUAUCCCCCACUCCCUCCCCUCCCUGUCUCUGCCUAGAAUCAACCUCCCCGGCCGCUCACCCGGCAACUCCGGGGGCUUCGGAUCUGCGAGUACCAACACCUCAAAGCCAAGCGGUGGUGGAUUCGGAUGGCGCCGGUCUAGCCAAAGGAGAGGGUACAGCCAUAUCCGUGCAGCAGAGGCGGAGGAGGAUGAGGAAGAUGGAUUCGCGGGCAGGUUUAGUCUGGAGGAUGAUGAUGAUCUGGAUGAGCCCCGAGAUUUGACCCAGGGGCUGGUUAGGGAGAAUGCGCUGGGUGGGGAGGCGGAUGCGUGGAGGUCUAGCGGGGCGGGGGGCGGUGUGGGGCAGACAGGGGGAGGGAAGGGGAAGGCGGUGGAGCAAGGGGGUUUGGUCGAUCUUUAG